UUGUAGACAUAUACAUGGUACACUGUCCCACACGCAGAAUUGAUACAUUAAAUCGUUUUUUGGCUGCUUUUAUAAAAUGGUCAAUAAGUGCUGCAUAAAAAAGUGUCGUGUUAAAAAAAACGAUAAACUAUCUGUUUUUCGAGUACCAAAGAAUGAGGCAUUAUUCAAGAAAUGGGUCCAUAUCCUGUCACUCGUAGAUGUAGUUUUGACAAAAAAUAGUUUUGUUUGUGAAAACCACUUUGAAAAUCAUGACUUAAUAAAGGAAAAAAUAAUCACCGACACCAGUGGAAAAGUACUAUUUCAUACUAAUUUGAAGAAGAGACAUUUGUCAGAAUCGGCUGUACCUACAAUCUUUGGCUCUAAAAGAAUCAAGAUCGAUGACACGAGUGGAUCUAUUGAAGUGUCCACUGAGAAUGCAGAUGAUACUAUUACAGAGGACUGGCCAAAAGAAAACUGCAAUAACGUAAAUGUUUCAAGUGAUGCACAGGAACUCAUGUCAAAAAAUGAACUGUGCACUGAUGUCAAGCAGUAUUUCAACAAACACACAAAAUCGUCAAAUGCGUCAACUCCAAAUUAUUUACAGGCUAACUCUAUUCCGAAUGACGUAGAAAACAUUCCGGCCACGUGCAUUCUAACUGAUAGCUUAGAAAAAAAUCUCAUCAAUGAUGGUUCAGUAUCUUUUGAUGCAAAUGUGCGCAUGCCUAGCUCAUUGGAGGAUGAACAUUUUUUCAAUCGCCUUGUAUACGAAUACCGUAGUAUAGAAUUUCCUAAUACUACAUGGAACUACCACAUAACUAUGUACAAUAAUGAGAUCAUUAUUUCGAGUGCUGUUUGUUUAUUAAACGCAGCUCCCAUUUACGAUAAACAGAUACUCUUGAACAAAAAUAAGGAGCUGAAAAUUUUUAUAUUUAAUAAACUGGUCGAGACGAACGAACGGUUUCCUACAAAUAUGCAGGAAUUGAACGAUCUAAUACAAAGAGUGGAUACUAUUAAAAUCUGCUGUGGAGGUCCAGAUGUAAAUACUUAUGGUAACAUUAACCCAAUGUGCGCGUACAAAGAUUUAAAAAAUAAGUGGAGGCACCUAUCUUGUAAAUUGAUAAUUUGUAAAGGAACCAUAUGUGAAUUUUGUUCUAAGCUUGACAAUACUCUUCGAACCCAUGAAAGUAGAAAAAUUAAAAAUUUAUACAACCCCCGCUUAACGGUGUCUCCUAGCAAAAAAGCAGCACUUAGUGCACUGAAAAAGGCUGUACGUUUGCAGUCUUGCUAUUUAAAAAGAUGUAAAUUAAAGAAGAAUCACCUCAAACGUGAACUUUCUAAUAUGCAACGUGAAAUGCAAAAACUCAAAAGUUGUGAAGUACAUGAGCUUUUAAAGAAGUAUGAUGUUUCUGAACCACAGAAACUGCUUAUCAAUGAAUGCAUUGUUGCGAGUCAAAAGAAAUCACAUCAAGGAAAAAAAUACAAUGAUGAGUGGUUGUUAUUAUGCAUUCUUUUACACAUUAAAAGCCCCGCAACGUUUAAUUUUUUAAGAAAAAACAAAAUUUUACCCUUACCAUGUCGUAGUACCAUUUCGAAGUACAUGCAUAUGAUCGAUAUAAAGUGUGGUUUUGAUAAGGACUUUUUUUCUUUAUUACAAAAGAAGUUUUCCAAAAGUAGCGAAAUGUCCAGACAUGGUGUACUAGUAUUUGACGAAAUACAAGUUCGUAAAAGUCUUGCUGUUAGUGUCAAGAAUCUAGAUUUUGAUGGAACAGAUAAUUUAGAUUCAUCGAAACAUUCAACAGCUCACCUAGCUGAUCAUGGAUUAGUUUUUAUGUUCCAAUCCCUUGGAGAUAAUUAUAAACAACCAGUCGGUGUCAUAGCUAGUGAAGGUCCUGCUAAAGGCCAACACUUAGCUUUACUAGUAAUUCAAUGUAUAAUACACAUCGAAUCAUCUGGAGGGUAUGUUGAUGGAAUAAUUUGUGAUGGAGCAGCUACAAAUCGUAAAAUGUGGAAGGAAUUAGGUAUUACCGGUGAAAUGGGAAAAGAAAAAUUUUAUUUUGAUAACCCGUAUGAUCCAAGCAGAAAAAUAAGAGUGUUUUCUGAUGCCCCGCAUUUAAUAAAAUGCAUUAGAAAUAGGUUGAUGGGCCAGAAAGAACUGAAGAUGAAUGGACAAACGAUCAAGUGGCAACAUUUUAAGGUUUUAUAUGAUGAGGAUAAAAAAUCUGAUUUAAGAGUGUGUCAUAAGCUUACCAAGAACCACAUACAUGCAAGUAACAUGUUGAAGAUGAGAGUCUUUUUGGCAGUACAAAUUUUUAGUAAUAGUGUUGCUGCGGGAUUAGAAUUCUACAAGACAAGGGGCGUACUAGGUUUAUCUGACUGCGAUGGGACUAUUAAGUUCACAAAGAAUAUAAAUAUUCUAUUUGACGCACUAAAUCGAAAAUAUCCUCGAGAAGGAAUUUAUCCUGGAAGCAACGAUAUACGAGUACUGAAGGAUUCCUUGGAAUGGUUGAAUAGGUGGGAACAAGAAUUAAAGGAGAAAAAAAUUUCCGGUGACCAAUUUUUGACGCAAACAACUGCACAGGGUCUACGAGUCACGAUUCUUUCUACUUUAGACAUGAUUGACUACCUC